AUGGAACAGUGCCUUAUGCUGAUUCAUAUAAUCGGCAGUGGUCUUCUAUUAUUGGGGGGGGGAGGUUAUGAGCAGAACGAACAGUUACGGAUAAUGAAAUUAACAUUACGUAGCGAAAAUGAUAGUAAAUUAAAAGACGUAUAUCGUUCGUUAAAAGAGGAAAUUGGUGAUUAUGUGACGUUAACAGAUUUAGGAUAUGUCAUGCGUAGAAUGGGUAAUUUAGAUACGGCUGAACAAUUAUAUCUAAAAUGUUCAGCGAAUGUAACAGAUGAUGAAAAUAUAUCAAUAUGUUAUGAAAAUCUUGGCAUGGUCGCUGCAGAUAAAAGAGAUUAUGAUAAACCAUUAACAUUGAAAAAUGAUUCAAUCAAAAUGAAAUUAAAAUCAUCAAUGUCAACUGUACAAAAUAACUAUUUGAAUAUUGAUACAUAUUAUUUCAGUCUUGCCUGUGUUUGCGCACUCAAGAAAGAUUAUGAACUUCCAAUAAAAAAUUAUGAAAUCUCACUAGAAUUACAAAUGAAAAAACAAAAUCCUAAUCUCAUUCAAGCAUUGGAAAUAUUUUUAUUAUCUCUUGGUCCUAACGACUCAAAUGUAACAACGUUAGCUAAAUAUAUUCAUGAAGUUUGUAUACAACUAGAGAAACAAGAAUUGUUAAAAAAUUAUCCGUCUUAUGAAAUUGAAGAAAAUGGAAUUGAUUUUGCAAGAGAAUGGAAUCUGAUAUCAAACGUCAUUGUUAAUAUGGAUCCAUAUAAGACAUAA